AUGCUUUGUAGCCAUCCCAAUAUUCUACGCUUGAAAGGAUACUUUCAUGAUAAGGAACGAGUUUAUAUCAUACUGGAAUAUGCAGACGGUGGUGAACUGUACAAUCGUUUAAAGAAGAAGGGGAGGCUAGAAGAAGCUGAAGCUGCACGGUAUGAAAAUGCUUUCAGUUAUGUCCGUCAACUAGCAGAUGCUUUGAGUUACUGCCAUGCCAAACGAGUAAUCCAUCGUGAUAUCAAGCCUGAAAAUAUAUUACUUGAUCAGAAGGGAAAUGUCAAAAUAGCGGAUUUCGGCUGGGCUGUGGUAUCCUCUUACUCCCGUCGACAAACCGUUUGUGGAACAUUAGAUUACUUACCCCCGGAAAUGAUUAGUGGCAGAUCGCAUGACCAUACUGUAGGUUUCGAUUUAAGACAUACCUGGACUUGUUGUUUUCGAUAACA